AGAUGUUGGCGUGUGAGUCAGUCGGGCUCUAGGACCACACCGUGUGCGUCGGUAUUACUCCCAGCCCCUGACAGAGCGGCAGCUGUGAUGACACUGAGCCGUUCUCGCUUGUCAGAGGAGUUGUCAUUCCUUGUGAUACAGCCCGUCCUUCCUUGAAUUCGACUCGGAUACUGUUCCCAGUUACCAUUCUCAGCUCAGAGGUUGGGAAUGGCGUUCAUGGAGAAGCCCCCUGCGGGGAAGGUCCUGCUGGACGACACGGUGCCGCUGACCGCAGUGAUCGAGGCGAGCCAGAGCCUGCAGUCCCAUACGGAAUACAUUAUCCGUGUUCAGAGAGGUGUAUCUACAGAGAGCAGCUGGCAGGUGUUGAGAAGAUACAGUGACUUUGAUAUGCUGAACAAUAAUUUACAGAUCUCAAGCCUCAGUCUGCCUCUCCCACCCAAGAAGUUAAUUGGGAAUAUGGACCGUGAGUUCAUUGCUGAGAGACAGAAGGGACUUCAGAACUACCUGAACUUCAUCACCACGCACCACAUCCUGUCAGGCUGCGAGCUGGUUAAAAAGUUCCUAGACACCAACAGCUAUUCAGCAAACUACACAGAAAUAGCCUUGCAGCAGGUGUCUAUGUUCUUCAGGUCUGACCCUAAAUGGGAGGUAGUAGAACCUUUAAAGGAAAUGGGCUGGAGGAUACGGAAGAGACAUUUUUUAAUCAAAAGUAAAAAUCAACCUAAAGAGCGGCAAGUCUUAAGUUGGGCUGACCUGGGACCUGAUAAGUUCCUGUCAGAUAAAGACUUGCAGUCUGCAAUGAAGCUGCUCCCCACUUUAUCUCAUCCCUACAUUUACCCCGUCACCUUUGCUUCAGCCAGCGAGUCCUCAGCCCUAGUGAUCAGAAUGUUCAAUGAGAAGGGAACACUAAGGGAUCACAUCUGUAAGGCUAAGCCCAAAGACCCCUUCUUAAAGAAGUACUGCAGUCCCAAGAAGAUCCAGGGCCUUGACCUUCAGCAGAUUAGGACGUUCGGACGGCAAAUUCUAGAGGUUCUAAAGUUCCUUCAGGACAAAGGGAUCCCAUACGGUCACCUGCACUCCUCCAAUGUGCUGCUGGACGGGGACAGCUGCAAGCUACUGGACCUGGAGAACUCCCUGCUGGGACUGCCUUCCUACUACCGGGCCUACUUCACGCACUUCAGGAAGAUCAGUACAACUGAGAGUAUCGAUGUGUACUCGUUUGGACACUUACUGUAUGAAAUGACCUACGGGAGACCUCCAGACGCUGUCCCAGUGGACCAUUUCCCUCCUGCUCCCUCCACUUCCAUCACAUCUGUCCUCCAGUCCAUCCUCUCCACUGAAGCCUGCAGAACUGGAAUGCCCACAGUGACUCAGCUCUUACAAACUCCGUUGUUCAGCGAUGUUUUGCUGCUCAGUUCAGAGAAGCCUCAGUUCAAGAUCUCAACCAAGUUAAAGGAGGCCCUGAAAACCGCAAACGACUGCCUGGAAAAGAGACUGCUGGAAGAACAGAAAAUGAUUCACCAACAUAAGCGACUAACCAGGGCACAGUCUCACCAUGGGUCAGAGGAAGAGAAAAAGAAAAGAAAGAUUUUGGCAAGAAAGAAAUCCAGGCAGUCAGCUGAGAAUGACGAAGAUCUGUCAGCAAAAUAUAACAACUCCAAUAAUUCUGGUUCAGGGGCGAGUUCCCCUCUCACAUCUCCGUCCUCCCCCACUGCAGGAGUGCCUCCCCCCCCUCCUCCUCCUCCUCCUCCUCCUCCCCCUCCUGCUGCUACCCCCUACCCCUCCCUCAGCAGCCCCCCCGCUGGGGACAGAGCCAGUCGAGGAGCGCUGCUCGGCUCCAUUCAGAACUUCACCAAGUGCAGCUUGAAGAAGACUGAGAUCCGGGACCGCAGCACCCCCCAGUUCAGAUGAGCAGGGGGCUGGAGGCUGGAGCGUUCCAUCUCAUGCAAGGGUCCAUGCUGCUGCUGUUUAUUUUCACUGGACUUGUUUUGUAAUGUACAGAGAGCUGCAAGAACAGCUGGAUAUUAAUCACAUUUGUUUUGCAACAGAUAUAAAUGUUCAUAAAAAAUUAUUCUGGUUUUAUAACUUGAAUGUUCACUAGCCAAGUGCCAUGUGGAUUUUAGGGCCACCUAGUGGAGAAACAACAUCUGUUUCUAAUGUUUAAUCUUUAAUUAUUGAGCAUGUGUUUGGAUCUACUUUUAUCUGCAGUCAUUUUUAAAUGUUAAUCAUUUGAAGACAGUUGUCUCUAGCAACAAUAUAAAACUAAGUAUGCACACUCACCAAAACUUCCUCCAACACUAUUUCCCCCCCAAGUAAGUACUAUGUGUAUUAUGGCUAAAAUCACUCCUCUUAAGUUGACAUUGUUUAGAACAAUUCAGUUAUUUUUUUUACUUACAUAAUACCCCCAGUGUUUCCUAAAACGACAAAAAAAAGUCAAAAACCUGCCUCUCUGUGAGUCCAGCGACUUCCCCUGAAACCUGCCUCUCUGAGUCCAGUGACUUCCCCUGAAACAUGCCUCUCUGAGUCCAGCGACUUUCCCUGAAACCUGCCUCUCUGAGUCCAGCGACUUUCCCUGAAAUUGCACUUGGAAGUCACAGCGGUGUAUUGAAGGUGCCUCUUGAACUUGCAUUCAAUAUCAGCGUUGCUGUUAAACUGCUUUAACUAAGGUUUGAACCUGAAAGCAAGUCACAAGAAAGACAGCUUUAUGGGCUAAAUUUAACGAACCAAUUUAAACUAGUGUUCAAAACCUACUGCAGCUUCAGCGCAGAAGCAGUGGUUGAAUGUAGCCGUUUCUAGGUUGAACCAGUACCUUCGGUUCAAAAACUAAGAUUAAAUAACAGAUUUUAUUGAUAAAGUACUGUAUUGGUGUGUCUAAUAUUAUUAUUAUUAUUAUUUAUUUCUUAGCAGACGCCCUUAUCCAGGGCGACUUACAAUUGUUACAAGAUAUCACAUUAUUUUUUACUUACAAUUACCCAUUUAUACAGUUGGGUUUUUACUGGAGCAAUCUAGGUAAAGUACCUUGCUCAAGGGUACAGCAGCAGUGUUCUCUACCAGGGAUUGAACCCACGACCCUCCGGUCAAGAGUCCAGAGCCCUAACCACUACUCCACACUGCUGCCCUAAUAUAUAUAGCAUCUUUGGCUCUUUGAGCUAAAAUUAUAUAUAUAUAUUUAUAACAUUAUAAAGCAUGGUUUUAGUGUUUGUGUUUUGUGUUUUUUUUUUUUUUUUUUUUUAAGACUGAAACAAAGGUUGGUCUUAAUAAAUGCUUCAUACAGGAUUCUUCAUGUCAGGAGCAGCAGACCAGGGCUCGCGUUCCACCUGAUGGAGUGGGAGUUUGGAUUUGGUCCCUGUCCUCUUUUGCUCAGCUCUCAGAUAGUCUUAGUCUCCACAGCAUCAAUGUAGACACAUUAGAGGUUACACAGUAUUUAGCACUCCAUUUGAUAUUAAUACAGCUAUGGUCAAAGGUAUCACCCUAUAGAAUUAACACUUUUGCUUCUUAAAGUGGAAUGAAAUCUGCUGAAUAAUGUUACAUUAACAUAUUGAAUUACACACCGCUUUGUAGUUAGAACCAUUGAAGGAGGGUUUGAUACUGGUCUGAGUGGCUGAACCAGACCUCAAUACAGUAGCAUGGCAGUGCCUGUGGAACGUUGCAAUUGACCCGCAGUCUUCAGAAACCUGAAGAAAAUGAACCCUGAAGAUGUGAGGCGGGAGCCUAAAGCUGCAGAGUCCCAGUCACGUUCACCUUUACAAGAAAAUAUGACUUGGUGUUUGUUUACAAUAUUCUUCUGAUCUUUGAUACAUCAGACUACAGUUUGUUCAGAGAAAACCGUGGACACACAUUUCUUCCCCUUUGAAACCUUCAUGCCGCUGUGUCACUACUUGCUAUAGUAAAAGACCAUGAUACAUUUCUGUAGACUGGGCCACCUUUGCACAAGAGUGCCCUAAAGGUCCCGCAAAAUAUACUGUACCCCCACUCCCACCCAGUCUGACAGUAUCACUUGAGUGGAAUCUCUUGGAAGAGUUACUGCAAUACUUCUGCGUUAAGGAUGCUGGUAAUUGUGUUUCAUUCUUUUCUUUCAUUACAUUUACAGAUUACUGAUGAUAAUUAACUUCUCAACGUGAUGUAACUUGUGUAAUAUAUUCUUGUGACUUAAGCAUUGUUUUUUACAAGAACAUGUAUCUUCAGACGAAGUGUCUGUGCCCAGGCAAAGGUUAUCAUUGUGUUCCAUGUAUAUAUAUGUACACAUUUUCAUGUAAUCUGUGAGAAUAUUUUUAUUAAAAUAAUGAAUGAAUCUUU